GAGGGUUUGGAGAAGCUGAAGGACAUGAAGGUGCUGUACACCAACCGAGCCCAGGCUUAUAUAAAACUUGGGGACUACCAGAAGGCACUAGUGGACUGUGACUGGGCUCUGAAGUGUGAUGAAAAAUGCACAAAAGCUUAUUUCCACAUGGGCAAAGCCCACCUGGCUCUGAAGAACUACAGUGUGAUUACCUGGAUCAAGUGGAUCUUCGGGAGAAGGCAGACCUCCAGGAGAAGGAAGCCCAGCAACUGCUGGACUCAGGAAAGAGCACAGCUGUGACGACCAGGCAUCUCCUGGGGACUCUCUCCAAGCCCGACCAGAACCCCUUGUUCUACGCGGGGGGCAUUGAGAUCCUGACUGAGCUGAUGGAGGACUGCGCAGAGCGAACUUUAUUCAGAACACACAAUGGAUUCAGUAUCAUCAGUGAGAAUGAAGUCAUAAGAAGGUGCUUUUCCACAGCAGGAAAGGAUGCAGUGGCAGAGACCCUGUGUGUGUCUGUUCUCAGGCUCUGGCAAGCUGUGUGCAGGGGGAACGAGGAAAAUGAGCGCCAGCUCGUGACACACCCUGGCUCAGGCAGGCUGCUGCCCUCCCUCUUGGCCUCCGGGGUCCUGCCCAUCCGGCAGCAGAGCCUGGCCCUGCUGCUGCAGCUCGCCCAGACGAAGACCGGCCGGAGCCUGGUCAUCAGCCACCUGGACCUGACCCGAUUAUUAGAAGCCCUGGUGUCAUUUCUUGACUUCUCAGACGAGAGGGCCACCUCAGCCAUGGGACUGCUCACAGACUUGGCGCUGGAAGAAAGAUUCCAAGUCUGGUUCCGGGCCAACCUCGCAGGUGUUCUCCCGGCUCUCAGAGGCGUGCUGAAGAGAGACCCCAAGGAAGUCAACACCUCAGCUCUCAGCCAGUGUGUUGCCAUCAUGGGGAGCCUCAGUGCUGACGCUGCCACCAGAAGACAGAUGUCUGCCUCUGAGGAAUUUGGGGAUGCUUGCUUGGGCCUCAUGGCCAGGUGUGAGGAGGAUGUAGAUCUGUCCAGAGACGUCAUAUAUGCACUCCUAGGACUGAUGAUGAACUUGUGUCUUCAGUCCCCCUUUGUCUCUGAGGUCUGGGCCACGGAAGUGAGCAGGAGGUGCAUGUUGCUGCUGAACAGCCAGGAUGGAGGAGUCCUGACAAGAGCUGCUGGCGUUCUCAGCCGCACCCUUCCUUCCUCCCUGGAAAUCGUCGUGGAGGCCCUGAGAGCAGGAGUGGUGAAGAAAAUGAUUAAGUUCCUGAAGGCGGGAGGCCAGACCGCCUCGCGUUAUGCCGUGAAGACCCUCGCCAUCUGCACUAACAGUUGCCAUGAGGCACGAGAGGAAGUGAUACAACUGGACAAGAACUUCAGUGUUCUCAUGACGCUGCUCGGCUCGGAGGAUGAGAUUCUGGUGGGCAACGCCGCCCUCUGCCUGGGGAACUGCAUGGAGGUGCCCCAGGUGGCGUCCUCCCUGCUGAAGACGGACAUCGUGCAAGUCCUGUUGAAGCUCGCAGCCCGCGAUGUGGGGGAGAGGGCUGUGCCGCUGAACGCAGGGAUCGCUCUGGGGAAGCUGUGCACGGCCGAGCCCAGGUGUGCGGGCCCCUGGUCAUGUUUCAGAACAAGCAGGCGCCUGCCUGGCUGGGCUCUGCCCCGGGAGCCCUGGUUCCUUCCCUGCAGACAGGGUUGGGCCCUAGUAGCUGCCUCUUGGAGGAAGCCUUCCCUGAGGGAACUGGGGGCCCUCAGGCUCCACCCAGAGAGGGAAGACUUUUAUCUGACAGGGAUUUGCUUCCUGUCACUGUCCUCUCUGAUUCCACUCCCUCAUUCUCCAUCCUCCUCUUUCCACUCCUCCUUCCUCCCUGUCACCAUCUCUCCUCUCUCCCUCCUUCUUUCCCCUCUACUUUUCCAAAAAGAGUUAGCCCUCCCCUCAUUCUUGUCUGCCCAGGGCAUGAGCAUAUGGGAGAAGGUCCAGUGCCCAUAACAUUCUCCUGCUGGAGCAAACCAACAUGAGACGUGGACAAGCCAGGGCAAGCCAGCUCUGCUCGAACCACGUCCACUGCUCCUGUUUAGCUCGUACUCUGUUCUUUCUGAUGCGUUUAAAUGUUUAAACUCCUAGUCAUUCACGCUCCCAGUAGGUGCCGCCGUGGCUGCAUGACGGAGCCCCGAGCCCGGCAUAGAGGGGGUGCCUCCCUUGGCAGGGCGGGUGUCCGGCCUGCCGGGCUCCGUCCUUUGCAGCCUCAGGCCUCUGACUCCUCCUCCGUGGAAUGAGAGGGUUGGCCUGGAUGGCAUCCAAGGUCCUUUCAAGUUCUGUCUGGUUGUUCAAAUGGGAGGAAUGGAGAGUUUCUUCCACAGAAAGCAUGGCACGUUAGCUAGUGUGAGCUCAGAGUUCCCAAGAGCAGGUGCCAUCGGAUCAGCUGUCACACCCGCCACUCAGCGAGAGUGUUGGCCGUGUCUGCGGGCCUCCCUGAGGACUCCAGGGCCUCAGCUCAGCCCCUUGCCACCUUCCUGCCAGGGCUAGUGAGGGGCGGCCUGGGCUCAGCAGUCCGCACACAGGUCCUGGAGCUUGUGUUCCGAUUACGACAGGUUUGCUGCUCAGCUGAGAGAGCUUCAUGGACUAGAAAUUCUCAACUCCACCGUGACGCACAUCCAGGAUUCUUGAGGCACGUGGUGUCUGUGCAA